AUGCUUUCCGAAAUUUUUUUUAGUAAUGACGUAUCUGUAAAAGAUAGACGUGGUGGAAAAAGGCAGAGACGCGAGCCUCAGUGGAAAGAAAAGAUUAUCGAGUACAUAAAAUCAAUACCGGCUCAAGAAAGUCAUUAUAGUCGAAAUGACGCUCCUAAUAGAAAAUAUCUCCCAACAGAACUUAGUGUGGUCAAACUAUAUAAAGGGUUUUUAGAAAAGCACCGUGAUGGAUCUACUAAGCCACCAGUAUCUAGGCAAUGGUUUAAUGAAAUAUUUUUGACCGAGUUUAAUCUUUCUUUCAAGCCUCCGCGAGUAGACACAUGCCCGACGUGUGACUCUUCUAAAAUCGAAAUAGAUACUGCUCCAACUGAAGUAGUAAAAGACCUCGCUAAGCAAAAGUUGGACUUUCAUCACAAGCAAGCUGAGAUGGCCAGAAAACUAAUAAAUAAUGAUGGAGCAGACUUUAGAUGCCCUAAUUCAGAUGUUCGAGUGGUUCAGUUCGAUCUCCAGCAACAUAUGUACCUCCCAACAUUAACCCAUACACAGAUGUACUACAGUCGUCAGCUGGCGUUUGUCAAUAUGGGAAUUCACUUGGAGGACGAAGGAAAGGGCAUCAUGUUUCUCUGGAAUGAAACUGUUGGGCAAAAGGGUUCCAACGAGAUCGCUUCCUGUCUUUAA